AGACGAUACAUCAGCAUUUUAUUUUGAAACGGAGAGUAAUGCCUCAACAAGACGAACCCAUUUAUUGUUCACAGCAAAUCAACAUUCCUCCUGAAUUGCCAGACAUCCUGAAACAGUUCACCAAGGCCGCCAUUCGUACCCAACCAAAGGAUGUAUUGCAGUGGGCCUACGCGUAAGUUAAGAUAUUUAAAACGUCUAGAAAAAAAAACACACAUAACGACUGACAUCUAUUUUCUCGUAGGAGAAUUGGAAAAUUAAAGUUCUAGUAGACAGUUCUAGCCUUUUAAAAGUACAGUUUACUGUGCACCAGCCAGUUAAAGUUAUCGACAUGACUCGAUCAUGACAACUGCACUGUGGACCAAAACUUGGUAGCUCAUUACUGCUUCCUUUAAAAGUCGAUUUACAAGUUUGAAAGUAGCAUAUAUAUUUAUUUAAGAUACUAAAUUUGUGUGGUUUUUCAUGUUUCAUGAACCUUAAUGUUGAGUAGGUGGCAAAUUAAAUAAUCUUCUGAAAGUGACAAAAUAUUAUUUUGCUGUCUGCCAACUCAUUUUGACUAUGCUGCCUCUCUGUCCUGCGUUGGUACUGUAAGCUACUGUAAGCCCUGGUUUAGUGCCAGGGCCCUAAAAUAAUCGACUAGAACAUGCUACCCUUUUUCGCUCCUGCAUAUGGUUAGAGACAUGAAGGGAGCUUUUGACCAUAUACAUGCACAUUUUAUUUUGAUUGGUUACAUAUUGCAUUUUAUGUCCGUACUCACCCCCCCUGGUUGAGGACUUAUAAAAUGACCUUUUCUUCUUACCCCUGAAGAUUGGCUAAAAAUUCAUUCACCCCUGAAGACUUCCAUAAAAUAUGGGUUUACCCCUGAAGAAUUGGGUCAUACCCCUGAAGAAUUUCCAGGAGCCCAUUACAGUCAACUCUCUCAUGGUGACCACACUUCUCAAACACAACCACCUCCCAUAAGCGACCACUCUGUCAAUAACCAAUUUGUUUUCAGUCAAAUACUGUUUCAAAAGCUCUCUUGUAACUAAGGGACCAGGAGGAGGAGCUGUGGCCAGAAAUUUGACAUAUUCUUUUGUUUUCUUUUCCCAUAAGUGACCACUCAGCAUGAACACAUAUGUUUAUAAAAAAGACUUUGCUUGAAGGCUGCAAAAUUUAAGUUUUUGAUAGUGCUGACCCUUCUUGCUGACAGAUUAUAGCAGUUAACUGAAGAUGGCUGUAAUAUGAUCUGUUGGUAAAUUAAGUGGAUUGUUAAAUCGAUGCAAAGUGUUAUGCACAAAGUUUCAACAGUUCGAUGCACUAUUUUAUGUGUGACAUUAUUGCCAGUUGUCUAUUUGCCUAAUUUUGCAAGGUAAUAACUUUAUGUAAUUACCUUAAUCAGUUUAGUUUGAGCUUAUUUUCCUGAUUAUUCCCGUAGACAACCACCUCCGUAAGUGACUACUUAAUCGUUCACCAAGGGUGGUCACUUAUAAGAGAGUUGACUGUAUUACAGAAACGAAAUAUAAAAUGUAUUAUUAAGGAAGCUGGAAGGAGAAAGUUAAAUGUCUGCAAAUGAAAUCACUGUUUUUGCAAUUCCACCAACCCAUAUCAAUCUAUGUAACAUCUAGUCAGGGAUUCUGAUAUGUUGCAGAAAAAAAGUCAAAUUUUGCGGGAUUUUUAGAGACAGAUUUGCCGAAAAAUCAUCUGUUUUCGCAGGAAUUUUGCGGAAAUUUUUGGGCUAACUUCUGGGCGUAUUUCGCCAGAAAUUGACCAAUUUUGCACUAAUUUCAUGAGCUUGUUUCAUGUUUUUUAACAGAGAUAAUCAUUUGCUAUUUUAACGACAAAGCAUUUGAUAAAUGAGCCCAUGGCAAAGCUUUUAAUAUCAUGAGUAGUGCCCAGUUUUUCACAACAUAAUUUACACCUGGUAGUUUUGGGACAUUGUUUGAUUGUUGUGGUGAUGAAGUUUCAAGAUAAAUUUGCAAGUUUACAGCAACUAAACAGUCCCAAUAGCCGAAAUGAGUUUUAAAUAUGUUGUAUUGACAUGUAUUAGUCAAAAUAAGAUUUCUAGCGAAUUUCACGGUAUGUAGCGUGUUUUUUGUGAAUUUUGUGGGAUGUCACUGAUUUACCUGAAUUUCAUGACUCCGGAACCAUGCGAAAUAUCAGAAGCCCUGCCUAGUUGUCACAAAAAGUAAAAAUGUCCAAUCAACCCAAGAAUAUUAUUGUGAACAGAUCACCUCUUGCUGAAAUUUGAAAAUAAAUUUUAUUCAGGUGGAGGCUUUACUCUGUAAACAUGCAUCUUGUAACUAGAGUCCCCUUCAGUAGCGCAGUAGAUAAAGUGCCCAACCAGUGUCCAGCAGAUUAGAGGUUUGAAUUUUGUUGGGGACUAAUUAUUAUUUCCCUGUCUUUUUUUAUUCACAUGGUAUUCAAUGCUUUACAAUUUUGUAGGUACUUUGAUGCACUUUCCAAAGGUGAGACACCCCCAGUGAAGGAUCGUCUUGAGUUUCAGUUAGGACAGCCCUUGGAAAAACCAUUAACGCAAGGGCUACUGGCAGUUUUACACAAACAGGUACUUUCUCUCCCUUUCCAACGUUUUCAUUUAAUUUACAUCAACAGUGUCUUGACGGCAGUGACAAACAAAAUCUUAGUCAGUCUUAAGGUGUGACAAGCAUCCUGUGCUAUUUUGAGGCCACCACAGGAAAGUGUUUGUCCUGGCUGACUCUCUUUCUUGCCCAAUUACUUAUCAAGUGAUUAAUAUAUUAUAAUAUUUUUUCAAGACACGGGUGAUAACGAAAUUGUAAAAUCCAAGAUUCACAGAAAAUCUACAAAACACUUGUUUGAAAAUCUUAGGCAGCUGUGUGGUGUAAAAAAGAAACCUCAAGACAGAAAAACCAUGUAAAAGGAAGAGUUGAUGAAUCGUCAGAGGUGCCUUUGAGAUUUCAUGAUUUGCCUGCAAAUGGCAGACAUUUCUCCUCACUCAUCACCGCUGAGAGACAUUUCGUGAGGAGGAACGUCUGCGACUCAGCGACAAAAAUUCCAUACUGAUGACGCAAAAUCUGUCUGGAAUCCGGUCAGAAGCGCUAAUUGGUUGACGGAGUAGUUUCAUUGUUUUAGCUAUUGUUUACGAAUGACAGACAAAAGACAAAUGGCCGCAAAGGUCAAAUGGAAUCUCUAACAAAACAGUCAAUAUUUGAAGAAUAUAGUCUUCUCCAGAAGAGGCAUUUGCGGCAUUUUCUGGAGCUCAUUGUCAGAUGAACACAACACUUUACCAAAAUCGACCAGGAGAAACAAAGAAUUGAACAAAUUUGCAUUUGGAACCCCAUCACUACCGAAUUUAUUAUGUAAACAUUGAUUUACGUCAUCAGUAUGGAAUUUCUGUUGCUGAGUCACAGACGUUCCUCCUCGUGAACCGUCCCUCAGCAGCGAUGAGCGAGGAGAAAUGUCUGCCGUUUGCGGUGUAUUUCAUGAUCAGAUCAAAAUUUUCUAUGAUUCGUAGUUUCGAUGUUUCAAAGGUAUUUGCCAUUUGCUAUUACUUAAUUAAAAUAAAAUUGCAUUACAAGUAAUCUUGUGCCUUUUUUACUUUAUUUUGAUCAAUACAAAGAAUGUUUUAAUUUUUUUAGCUGGGUGGAAAGCCCAUAAUAGAGCUAUCAUCCUUGGAGGAGAAAUGGAAACACUUGUCACUUCCUAAAGACACUCUGGAUGAGCUUCUGAGGUAAAACCCUAAACAUUUUNGGCAUUUUCUGGAGCUCAUUGUCAGAUGAACACAACACUUUACCAAAAUCGACCAGGAGAAACAAAGAAUUGAACAAAUUUGCAUUUGGAACCCCAUCACUACCGAAUUUAUUAUGUAAACAUUGAUUUACGUCAUCAGUAUGGAAUUUCUGUUGCUGAGUCACAGACGUUCCUCCUCGUGAACCGUCCCUCAGCAGCGAUGAGCGAGGAGAAAUGUCUGCCGUUUGCGGUGUAUUUCAUGAUCAGAUCAAAAUUUUCUAUGAUUCGUAGUUUCGAUGUUUCAAAGGUAUUUGCCAUUUGCUAUUACUUAAUUAAAAUAAAAUUGCAUUACAAGUAAUCUUGUGCCUUUUUUACUUUAUUUUGAUCAAUACAAAGAAUGUUUUAAUUUUUUUAGCUGGGUGGAAAGCCCAUAAUAGAGCUAUCAUCCUUGGAGGAGAAAUGGAAACACUUGUCACUUCCUAAAGACACUCUGGAUGAGCUUCUGAGGUAAAACCCUAAACAUUUUAUUCUAUUUUUCAAAUUUUAGAUUUUAGGUGGAUUGUACUUAAUAGGGUGCAUUAAUUUGACUGAUCAUAUAUUCCCAGAAAUAAAAAUAAUAUGCAAAAGUUUUGUUACAAAUCUACCUUAUGGUGAUUUUUGAAUUACGUAAACCCUCCAUAUAUACGCUUGCGGUGUUAUUUCAAGUAGAUUUCUGGAUAUUUUAAUGCACUGACUUCAAAAACAAAUGAUUUCUAGAGUUUUUGCAUUUAUUGUUUUCUGGAAUACGGUCAAUUGAAGUUUCAUCCUAGCCCUUAUAAUAUAAGUUUGUUGACUUUAUUCCUGACUGUGUAUGUUCUAGUCAAAGGGUCUUCUUCUUCUUUGAUUUUCUUACAAACUGCUCUUAACUGGUGUCAAUGCUGAUGUACAUGUAAUACUUUAAAUGUUUUUCAGAAUGGGAAGUUUCGCUGAGGAACUGAGGUGGCUUCAUUUUUUUGCCCUUGCAUGUAGUGCUAUCAGUGAGGUAUGUGUUGUUGUGGUUCAUUUUAGUUAGUUUUUGUAGAACGCGCGAUGGGGGCACAAGCGUCCGCGUAAUUUCUCCCUUCGCCCUGAAAAAACCCGUGCCUGCUACACAGGCUAAAUCUCCCACUGACUCAUUUUCUAGUAAUUUGUUAUUAGCCUAUGUAUUAAUCAUCAUGACAAAUUAUCUUGUUAGCUUAUAUUGGAACUUAAGAACUGAAAUCUUUCAGUGGACGUAGUAUUCUUGACAUAAAAGAACUAAAUGAAUCCUCUCUCUUGUAGAAUCUGACGUUGGCAAUGAAGACAGUUUGUGAGAUUUUAACAACAGAUCUGGAAGGUGGAGCUGCAAGGAUUCCUUUCUCGCUUUUCAAGGAACUGUUUACUUACUUAGCUGAGAUCGACGGAGAAAUACCCAAAGAACAUGUGGACACAGUUAUCGAACAUCUGAGUUAUGAUGUGUGAGUUAUUUCUAAACACACUUGACUUCACUUCUUAGCCUGUAUUGCGAGCAUCCCUGCCCAAGCUAAGAGCAAAAGUUACUUUUUAGAUAUACGUCUGAAAAGUUACAGGUUACCUAAUUUUAAUAUGUUCUCUCAGUUCCUGCUAACAAAAUUCAGGGGCACCCAACGGCAAUUUUCGGGAAAAUAUCUGUUCGGAAGACGAUUUGAGAUCUAGAAUUUUCGGAGCAUUUGUUGUAAAAUUUCUUGCUUGCCUGCCUCUAAGGAAAUCCGAACAGAUGAAAAGUUUUUAGGAGAUAAAAAUAUGCCUAUAUCUACCGUUUGAAUACUAAAAUACGUUCAACAAUGCUAUGUUAAGUGGUUUUGAACUAUAUCCUCGUUGGGUGCCCCUAAAAAUUUUUCAAAAGCGAACUAUUUUCGCGUUUUUAAUACCGAAAGUUGAUCAACUAAUGUAAAAGGCCUAUUGUAUUUUAUAAAUACAGAUCUUCAACACACUAAAUUAUCUUUUUUUCAAGAUCUCAGCCUCGGGUUUAUUCUUAUAAUAUUCUUAAAGUUUCGCAAAUUAAUAACCCGUGCGCACGGUUUGAUAGAGCUCCGCCAUGCUGUCGCGGUAGUCUGCGAACAGGAUUACUUGUUUGAGUUGUGCGGAACUGCCAAAAUUUUCCCCGAACUCAAGCAAAUGAGCCUGGCCGCAGGCUUCUGUUGCGGUUUGCCCCGAACUAUCAGGAACGAGCUGGUAACAAAGACAACCCUCUGGUACCAAGGGUACAGUCUACUAAAACACCCUAUAGCCUUCCCACAUCUCAUAAGAUGACGACUAUACGGUAGUUCUCUGUUGUUCCCAUACUGGUGAUCGAAACGGAGGAAACGUUUCUUUUCAGUGACUUUACGAAACUCUAAAAACUUGUAGUCCGAACAACGCACAAGACGUAAAGUUGCAAAGCCUUUUAAAAAAGCUGUUGUGGCUGAUAUGAAACGCCACGCUUUCUAUGUUGUAUUUCACUUGGGAAAAAAAUGGAAAAUUCUUAAUAAUAUGCUUUUUUUUUUCAGGGAAAAGCAAGAUGGACAAGUAUCCCCUCGCAACUUUAUGAGUGACAGCUGCCCUCCUCUAUCCCCUAACGAAAACUCAGCGUAGAAUUUUAUAACAAACUGUCUUCUUUUUCCCCUACCGAUCAACUGGCUAGUUCAUUUAUUCUGUACAGUGUUUUACAGCCCAACUGUCAUUUUUAACUUGAUCCACGAACUCUGUGAUGGCUUUUCCUGUCCAGUACAGAAAUUGCGGCUUCUGUUUUAGCGUUAAAAGGUUUAAACACGCAAAGAACAUGUCGCCAACAUACGUUUUAGAAAUCCUCCGUGCUACGUGUAUGUAUUAAAGAAUAUUCUUCGGUGAAGCUACAGUGUAGCUCACUACAUUGCGUAAUGGUAUACUACAUUUUUCCGGAGCUUAGCCGAAAUUUUACGAAGUUAGCGGUGAUUCCGAUGACUUAAAAGCCUCAAAAACACUAACGGCGAUGGUUAAUGCGUGCAACAUACCAGACCGGCAACUAUUCCAUUGUACAUAUACUGAUGUAAUAAAGAUACCUAGCAAUUU